AUGUAAAUUAGAUGUACGUAAGGUGAUCAUCGAAAUCAAUCAAUAAUAGGAUGUUGCAUAGAUAAUUAAUGUUUAAAUUAAAGACCUUAUUGUAAUUCUUGUUUGCCUAAUCAUAUUGAACAUCUUAACAAAUUAAUAUCUUUAGAAGUUUUAGAUGAAUGGAUUUAACAAAGAAUCCUUUGUGUUCAAAAUGUUAAAAACAAUGUUAUACAGUGUAAAUUAUCAAUUGAUAGUCUUAUUACCUUGUUGAUUCCUUAUUUAAAUUUCAAUAUCCAAUAAUACUCAGAAAUUGGUAUUUCUUAAAUUGAUAACCUUAUUAAAGGUUUAACUUAAGUAGAAAAGUGUGAGUAAAUAUUAUUUAAACAACUUGAAUAAUCCAUCCAAUAAAGCAAAAAUAUUAUAGAUUAAAUAUUAAAAAACUUAAAGACUUAAACAAAUUAGAAAGAAAAGAAUACUUUUUCACUUAUAAAUUUUAACAGAAAGCCAUAAAUAUUAGAGAAUCCAAGUAUCUUUAAAGAAAAUUUGGACAAAUUCACUUUUGAGAUCAUCAAUGAAAACACAAUUAAGUAAAAUGAUUUGUGUUAUGCUUUUGAUUUUAAUAAUGAUUAAUCAAUUGUGUUAGCUGGAUGUGCUAACAACAUAUAAAUAUUUCAACAUUAUUAAGGGUAAUUGAAUCAAAUUUAAUUGUUAAAAGAGCAUAAAGAUAGAGUUUUGACUUUAAAUUUUAUGAAAAAGACCAAUAAUUUUGUAUCUGGAAGUCGAGACAAUUCAAUUAUAAUAUGGUAGGUGAUUAGAUAUUAAUAAUGGAAUUCUUAAUAAAUAUUAAAUGGACACUCAGAUUGGAUAUUCUGUUUAUUGUUAAAUAAUACUGAUGAUUUAAUAAUUUCAGGAAGUAGAGAUAAAACAAUAAAAUUUUAGAUGAAAUAGAAUAAUAAAUGGUUGUGUUCAUAAACCAUAACUGAUCAUACAGAUUGGGUAUAUUCUUUAAGUCUAAAUGAACAAUAAAAUAAAUUGAUAUCUUGUUCACAAGAUAAAUAAAUAUUAAUAAUAGAAUAAUCUAAUUUAAAUAAAUAAUGGAGUGUUAAAUAAAAGAUAUAAGUUGAUGAAUUUGGAAUUAGAUUAUGUUUUAUUAAUGAUAAUGAAUUUACAUUCUAACCUUACACUUAAGAAUAAAUGCACAUAUAUGAAUUGGAUACGAUAAAUAAAUAAUAUAGGAAGACUAAGCAAAUUGCUGUAUAAUGUGGUUCAAUUGAUUGUGAUUGUUUGUUUCCUUAAUAAUACUUAAAAUCAAAAUGCCUACUGAUUAAUAAGAAUGGCAAGAAUAUUAAUAUAAUAUAAAAGAAACAAAAUGGUGACUUUAUAGUUUUAUAAUCUAUUCAAUUUGAUAGCUAUUAUAUCUAUGGAGAAUUAAGUGGUGACGGAGAAUAUUUGAUCACUUGGGACGGUAACUCAAAGACAAUCUAGAUAAGAGAAAAUAAGAAAUUAUGA